AUGCAACACAAGCAGUAUGAGAGCCUUGAUAUCUUCAGAGAAGCUGUAGAGGACCUGAUUGAAUGUAUCCAAAAAGAGUGUGGAACUCUGGAUCUCCAGCCGUUGUUUUUCCGGUUGACUCUCGACACGACGACUGCCUUCCUUUUUGGCGAGUCAGUACGGAGUCUAGUCACACCAGAAGCUGCCGGAGAGGGUACGUUCGCCACAGCUUUCAACACAGCACAAAGAUGGGUUACCAAUCGAUACCGCCUGCUUGACUUCUAUUGGCUUGUCGAUGGUCCAGAGUUUCGACAGGCAUGCCGGGACGUGCACUACUUUGCGGAUCAGAUCAUCGAUCGUAGUCUCUCGCCAGCUCAAGGUGACAACGAGGUCACGGGCCGACAUGUCUUCCUCGACAGCAUUGCGAAGGGUACGCAAGAUCGUGCAGCACUCAGAGGUCAAAUCAUCAAUCUGUUGACCGCAGGAAGAGAUACGACAGCAUGCCUCCUCUCUUGGGCGUUGUAG